AAUACGGCGGCGGUUCUUCAACAACGAAGUACCAUACCUUCAACCCAGGGUUCAGCUCCAAGUCCUACGUCUACACAGGCUCCAGACCUGUCAUGGUGAGUGGUAGUCCUACGUCUACACAGCCUCCAGACCUGUCAUGACAGGCUCCAGACCUGUCGUGGUGAGUGGUAGUCCUACGUCUACACAGCCUCCAGACCUGUCAUGGUGAGUGGUAGUCCUAUGUCUACACAGCCUCCAGACCUGUCAUGACAGGCUCCAGACCUGUCGUGAUGAGCGGUUGUCUUAGGGACCAGGUAUAACAAACAAUACCCCCCUGGCAGAACGUCUUCUUACUCUCAGGAAAAUACUGCAGCCGUUACACAUCCAGAGGUUUCUGGAUAUCAGAUCAUAUGUUCAGCAAAAGGCCCAUGAAUGAGUUAAGCGGUUGGGCGUCUCCAAUAAGGAGAUAGAGACGUUAUAGUCGGUGUCUGUCUACGUUAACAUAUGGACAGUGUACUCUCUGUGUGCUCUCUGCAGCUCCCUGUAAAUACACAGUGGGAUGGUUUCACAUUACGGUGUGCCAGAGCCAGUGAUCUAGGUCUUCUCUGAGCUCCAGAAGUGCGGUAUUUCACAGCAGGGGGGGGGGGUUAGUUGUCUCAAAUAAAAUAAAAUAAAAUAAAAUAAAAUGUUAUCUGCCACAUGCGCCGAAUACAACAGGUGUUGACCAUACAGUGAAAUGCUUACUUACAAGCCCUUAACCAACAAUGCAGUUUUAAGAAAGAAAAAAAAAAAGUGUUAAGUAAAAAUAGCAAAUAAUUAAAGAGCAGCAGUAAAAUAACAGUAGGGAGGCUAUAUACAGGGGGUACCGGUACAGAGUCAAUGGUAAAUAACAGUAGGGAGGCUAUAUACAGGGGGUAUCGAUACAGAGUCAAUGGGAAAUAACAGUAGGGAGGCUAUAUACAGGGGGUACCGGUACAGAGUCAAUGGUAAAUAACAGUAGGGAGGCUAUAUACAGGGGGUAUCGAUACAGAGUCAAUGGGAAAUAACAGUAGGGAGGCUAUAUACAGGGGGUACCGGUACAGAGUCAAUGUGAAAUAACAGUAGGGAGGCUAUAUACAGGGGGUACCAGUACAGAGUAAAUGUGAAAUAACAGUAGGGAGGCUAUAUACAGGGGGUACCGGUACAGAGUCAAUGGGAAAUAACAGUAGGGAGGCUAUAUACAGGGGGUACCGGUACAGAGUCAAUGGGAAAUAACAGUAGGGAGGCUAUAUACAGGGGGGUACCGGUACAGAGUCAGUGUUAGUCGAGGUAAUUGAGGUAAUAUGUACAUGUAGGUAGAGUUAUUAAAGUGACUAUGCAUAGAUAAUAAACAGAGUAGCAGCAACGUAAAAGAGGGGGUGGGGUUGGGGUGGUGGGGCAAUGCAAAUAGUCGGGGUAGUCAUGAUUAACUAUUCAGGAGUCUUAUGGCUUGGGGGUAGAAGCUGUUAAGAAGCCUCUUGGACCUAGAUUUGGCACUCCGGUACCACUUGCCGUGCGGUAGCAGAGAGAACAGUCUAAUGACUAGGGUGGCUGGAGUCUGUGACAAUUUUCAGGGCCUUCCUCUGGGGGUUAAACGUCUUCAUUCUUCUUCUUCUUCUCCUCUCAUUCACCUCCUCUUCCUCCCCUCCUCUUCCUCCUCCUCCUCCUCCUCUUCCUCCUCCUCCUAUUUCUCCCCCUCCUCCUCUUCCUCCCCUCCUCUUCCUCCCCUCCUCUUCCUCUCCCUCCUCCUCCUCCUCUUCCUCCCCUCCUCAUCCUCAUCCUCUCCCUCCUCCUCCUCUUCCUCCUCCUCCUCUUCCUCCCCUCCUAUUCCUCCUCUUCCUCUUCCUCCUCUUCCUCCUCUCCUCUUCCUCCCCCUCCUCCUCCUCCUCUUCCUCCCCCCCUCCUCCUCCUCCUCCUCCUCCUCCUCCUCCUCCUCCUCCUCCUCCUCCUCCUCCUCCUCCUCUUCCUCCUCCUCCUCAUCCUCCUCCUAUUCCUCCUCCUCCUCUUCCUCCCCUCAUCUUCCUCCUCCUCAUCUUGCUCAUCCUCUUCCUACCUCCACCUCCUCUUCCUCCUCCUCAUCUUCCUCCCCUCCUCUUCUUCCUCCUUUUCUUCCUCCUCUCCUCUUCCUCCACCUCCUCCUCCUCCUCUUCCUCCCCUCCUUUUCCCCCCCCUCCUCCUCCUCCUCUUCCUCCUCCUCCUAUUCCUCCUCCUCUUCCUCCCCUCAUCUUCCUCCUCCUCAUCUUCCUCCUCCUCUUCCUCCCGUCCUCUUCCUCCCCCUCCUCCUCCUCCUCUUCCUCCUCCUCCUAUUCCUCCUCCUCUUCCUCCCCUCAUCUUCCUCCUCCUCAUCUUCCUCCUCCUCUUCCUCCCUCCUCCUCCUCUUCCUCCUCCUCAUCUUCCUCCCCUCCUCUUCUUCCUCCUUUUCUUCCUCCUCCUGCUCUUCCUCUCUCCUCCUCCCCUUCCUACCCUCCUCCUCCUCUUCCUCCACUCCUCUCCUCUUCCUCUCCCUCCUCCCCAUCCCCUCCUCUUCCUCCCCCCAUCUCCUCCUCCCCUCCUCUUCCUCCUCAUAUGUCCCAGGCACCCAAGAUGUCUCAGCACUCAGGCGGUUUCUCCUCCCACUCGGCGGCGGAUCUGGGCGGUGGUCAGAGGGUCACCAUGGGAGGUUUAGGAAGAGGAGGUGGAGGGCACAACUACCACGAUGACAUGCGUCUGGGAGGGGGGUACCAAGGAGGAGGGGGCUACCAGGUAACAUUUGAAUGAUUCACUUUAUUUGAAUGAUUUAUUGUAUUUUAAUGAUUUAUUGUAUUUUAAUGAUUUACUGUAUUUUAAUUAUUUAUUGUAUUUUAAUGAUUUACUGUAUUUUAAUGAUUUAUUGUAUUUUAAUGAUUUACUGUAUCUUAACGAUUUAUUGUAUUUUAAAGAUUAAUUGUAAUUUAAUGAUUUACUGUAUCUUAAUGAUUUAUUGUAUUUUAAUGAUUUAUUGUAUUUGAAUGAUUUAUUGUAUUUUAAUGAUUUACUGUAUUUUAAUGAUUUAUUGUAUUCUGUGUACUGUAUAAAACUAUGUUUACUGAAUCUACACCACAUAAGAAAUAUAUUUUAAUUUGUCAUUAUAAUUACUUUUCUAUAUAUACAGUAUUUAGUAUACAGUAAUAAUUACUUUAAUUUGUAUAUAUACAGUAAUACAGUAAUAUACUGUAAAUACCAGGGUGCUGAUUUAUUUAUGUUUUGUUCUACAGGGAGGAGGGAUCUACCAGGGAGGAGGAGGGGGCAUCGUGAGGGGGCAACAGAUGUCCACCUUGAUCCGGACGAUGAGCCGUGGCCCUGGGCCAGAUCCGGAGACCUCCCUGCGCUCCAUGAGACUCCAGAACCUGCCUGCACAGGUAUAUGAAUUUAUAUAUAUAUAUAUAUUAUGUUUUGUGUGUGUAUUGUGUGAACGUCAAAUGUUUUUCUUGCAAGUGUUGUUCUGUAUAUCUGUGUUGUUGAUAUCUUUCUAUCUGGAUUGAUGAUAAUCUGGCUUGAUGUAGAUGUUGAUGAUGAUCUGGAUUGAUGAUGAUCUGAAUUGAUGUGGAUGUUGAUGAUGAUCUGGAUUGAUGAUGAUCUGAAUUGAUGUGGAUGUUGUUGAUGAUCUGGAUUGAUUAUGAUCUGGAUUGAUGAUGAUCUGGGUGAUUAUGAUCUGGAUGGAUGAUGAUCUGGAUUGAUGAUGAUCUGGAUGUUGAUGAUGAUCUGGAUUUAUGAUGAUUUGGAUUGAUGUGGAUGUUGAUGAUGAACUUCUGUAUGCACACCAAGACAAAUUCCUCUGUUCCUGUUCCAGUUUGUUGCUUGGCAACAACACUUCCUGAUUCUGUUUCUGUUUCUUGUUUCAGCCGUCCCCAGUGGCAUCCUGGGUGGCUGCGGACGUCGGCGAUGGGGGCAGCCUGGUCUCAGACCGCGACGCCACCUUCAGCCGCCAGCAGUCUGUCUACAGCACCGUUAGCGGAGGAGCCUACAGCUCAGGGACACAAAUGAGAAAGGCAGGAGGAGGAGGAGGAGGAGGAAGAGGGGGGUCCAUGGUACCCAUGAGGCGUUCACUCAGCGGGACACUAGCCCAGAGCGGAGGAGGGGAUAUGAUGGUUGGUGGAGCGCCCUACCGGACAUUUUACACAAGAUUAACACAUUCCGUUUGCACGGCAUGUGAAAUGACUUGAUAACCUGUUUCUCAUACAAUUGAAAUGUAUUUAGGAACAAACGAUGCACUCCUAACUAGAUUUACAUGCUGACCACACCGUUCGCGUUGAAAUAUAAAUGUACACAUACGUGUUAUUCAAUCAUUGCAUCCAAACUGCUCGCGCGCGUCAACGAGAGUCUGCGUAGCCAGGCGCUAAAAUAGAACUUGGUUCUAUUUGUGACGCUUGACGCGCUGCAAGUCCCGCCUCUCCCAUCUCCUCAUUGGUUUUUAGGAACAUAUACCCACGUGGGUGAUUGAAAGAUGAACUGAGGUCCACACUUCAGUCCAGUUGGUGGUGGUAAUGCAUCUUAAAGUUGGUUGCCAACUGACAUAUAAAGUCCAAAGAAGAAGAAGAAGAAGAAGAAGGAGAAGAAGAAGAAGAAGACUGAAGGAGGAAAGAUGACUAGAAACAAACUUGGAUUACCCUUUUAUCUGUGGAUUAAUUGUCGGAGCGCGUUCCCGGUCUAGUCAGCAUGUUAAGGAAUUUGUCAAAGCAAAGACAGGGUAGAAUGCAUUUUUAACGUGUCACAGUACACCUUCUUCACAGUAAAAACAUUUAUUUUAUAAUGAUUGUAUUCAUAAGAUUGUAUUUGUUUUAUUUUUAACAUCCGGUAGGGAGGAGAGGAGAUGAUGAUGGUCCAGCAGCAGCAUUCAUUUAAAGGGCCAGCGUACCGCACCAUCAGCAGGAUCAACAACAGGAACAACAGGAUGUCCAUGGGCUCCAUGUCCGGGGCUUCCACCUUCCCCCCUGGGGGGAGCAGCUACAGUGGAGGAGGAGGAGGAGGAGGAGGAGGUGGAGAGUUCGUGAUGGGCCAGGUGAGGGUAACGAUAUGAUAACUUUCAUUUAGUUUGCAUGGAAAUGUAUUUUAUUUGGUCAGCACACAGAACCCACUAUAAUACAGUAUAACAAUACAACCCGCUAUAAUACAGUAUAACAAUACAAAUCAAAUCAAAUCAAAUCAAAUCAAAUUUUAUUGGUCACAUGCGCCGAAUACAACAGGUGCAGACAUUACAGUGAAAUGCUUACUUACAGCCCUUAACCAACAGUGCAUUUAUUUUAAACAAAAAAGUAAGAAUAAAACAACAAAAAAAAGUGUUGAGAAAAAAAGAGCAGAAGUAAAAUAAAAUAACAGUAGGGAGGCUAUAUAUACAGGGGGGUACCGGUGCAGAGUCAAUGUGCGGGGGCACCGGCUAGUUGAGGUAGUUGAGGUAAUAUGUACAUGUGGGUAGAGUUAAAGUGACUAUGCAUAAAUACUUAACAGAGUAGCAGCAGCGUAAAAAGGAUGGGGUGGGGGGGCAGUGCAAAUAGUCCGGGUAGCCAUGAUUAGCUGUUCAGGAGUCUUAUGGCUUGGGUGUAGAAGCUGUUGAGAAGUCUUUUGGACCUAGACUUGGCACUCCGGUACCGCUUGCCGUGCGGUAGCAGAGAGAACAGUCUAUGACUAGGGUGACUGGAGUCUUUGACAAUUUUGAGGGCCUUCCUCUGACACCGCCUGGUAUAGAGGUCCUGGAUGGCAGGGAGCUUUGCCCCAGUGAUGUACUGGGCCGUACGCACUACCCUCUGUAGUGCCUUGCGGUCAGAGGCCAAGCAGUUGCCAUACCAGGCGGUGAUGCAACCAGUCAGGAUGCUCUCGAUGGUGCAGCUGUAGAAUUUUUUGAGGAUCUGAGGACCCAUGCCAAAUCUUUUUAGUCUCCUGAGGGGGAAUAGGCUUUGUCGUGCCCUCUUCACGACUGUCUUGGUGUGUUUGGACCAUGAUAGUUCGUUGGUGAUGUGGACACCAAGGAACUUGAAGCUCUCAACCUGUUCCACUACAGCCCCGUCGAUGAGAAUGGGGGCGUGCUCAGUCCUCUUUUUUUUCCUGUAGUCCACAAUCAUCUCCUUUGUCUUGGUCACGUUGAGGGAGAGGUUGUUGUCCUGGCACCACACGGCCAGAUCUCUGACCUCCUCCCUAUAGGCUGUCUCAUCGUUGUCGGUGAUCAGGCCUACCACUGUUGUGUCGUCGGCAAACUUAAUGAUGGUGUUGGAGUCGUGCCUGGCCAUGCAGUCAUGGGUGAACAGAGAGUAACCCGCUAUAAUACAGUAUAACAAUACAACCCGCUAUAAUACAGUAUAACAAUACAACCCGCUAUAAUACAGUAUAACAAUACAACCCGCUAUAAUACAGUAUAACAAUACAACCCGCUAUAAUACAGUAUAACAAUACAACCCGCUAUAAUACAGUAUAACAGUACAACCCGCUAUAAUACAGUAUAACAAUACAACCCGCUAUAAUACAGUAUAACAAUACAACCCGCUAUAAUACAGUAUAACAAUACAACCCGCUAUAAUACAGUAUAACAAUACAACCCGCUAUAAUACAGUAUAACAAUACAACCCGCUAUAAUACAGUAUAACAAUACAACGUACUGCAACAGAACAACACUGGGAGGUGAGCCCACACAUAUUCACAUAGCCCCUGGUCCAUGAUGGGCCUAAUCUGAGAGGUAUUCUUAGCACCUAGCACACUGUCGCUAUUUUACCUGCCUUGAUUCUAAAUGGAUGUUUUUUUAAUUUUUUUUUUAUAAUUAUUAUUAUUAGCUAUUAUAAAUAAGAAAAAUGCCUUAGUCAAGCUUUCAGAUAAUGAAAAGCGCUAUACAAAUUCAAAUGUAUAAUUGUUAUUGUUGUUAUGAUUAUGUAUUUGUAUAAUAUUGUUAUUAUUGUUAUUGUUAUGUAUUAUUUGUAGGUGUUGUCGGGGUCUCAGGGGAAUCUGAUGAUGAUGCAACAGCAGAGACAGGCCUCUCUGCCCAGGACCAUGUCUGUCAAGAGCAUGCACAGUGUCGGGAAGGGCAUGGAUAUCUACGACAGACAGAUGGACAUGACUGACAGCAUGGGAAACCUCAGCGGGUAAGACAUGACUGGCACUGUGCCUAAUAAAACAGGUGUGGACUUUACUGUGAAAUGCUUACUUACGAGCCCUUUCCCAACAAUGCAAAGUAAGCAAUUAGCAUCAUAUAAAAAAGGAAAUAGUAACACAAUAAAAUGCUAAAUGAUCAAAGAGGAUGUUUUGAUGAGGGAGGAGCGCGUUAUGUCUCUUUCCCAAGAGCUUUGGAUUCUGAGACGACUCCUGCAUUGCUCCCGUAGUGGCAGGACUGGUUUGGGUGUGGCACCACAGCAGUUUCAGGCUUCACAUUUCACACACAAACAGCCGGCGCCUAGCGGUUAGCACAGCAGAUGGAAAUAACACAGUGUGUUAGCUUUAGCUUAGUUACCAUUCACACAGGCAAAUACUUACACCAUGGGAGUGAAUCCUGUGAAUCAUUUUGGCCUGGCUGGUCAGCUAGACUGGCAAUGUUGAUUCAAGUAUUACCUCCGUUUGCCUAAUCAUACACCAGGGGUUGGGUUCAACUCCAUUUGAAUUCCAGUCAAUUGAGUUCCACGUUUUCCGCAUUGAAAGCAUUGAAGGAGUUGGAAUUUUCAGUGUACUUCCUUUAAAUGUAAUUGACCCCUGUCAUACACAGAGGGCCAGUUUCUCAAUAGAGGAGCUUUUCAUUCCAGGACCAGGCUCGUCUUGAUGCACUACAUUACCAAAAGUAUGUGGACGCCUGCUCGUGAAACAUCUCAUUCGAAAAUCACGGGCAUUAAUAUGGAGUUGGUCCCCCCCCCCCCUUUGCUGCUAUAACAGCCUCCACUCUUCUGGGAAGGCUUUCCACUAGAUGUUGGAACAUUGCUGCUGGGACUUGCUUCCAUUCAGCCACAAGAGCAUUAGUGAGGUCGGGCACUGAUGUUGGGUGAUUAGGCCUGGCUCACAGUCGGCGUUCCAAUUCAUCCCAAAGAUGUUCAAUGGGGUUGAGGGUCAGGGCUCUGUGCAGGCCAGUCAAGUUCUUCCACACCGAUCGCAACAAACCAUUUCUGUAUGGACCUCGCUUUGUGCACGGGGGCAUGCUGAAACAGGAAAGGGCCUUCCCCAAACUGUUGCCACAAAGUUGGAAGCACAGAAUCGUCUACAAUGUCAAUUGUAUACUGUAGCGUUAAGAUUUCCCUUCACUGGAACUAAAGGGCCUAGCCCGAACCAUGAACAACAGCCCCAGACCAUUAUUCCUCCUCCACCAAACUUUACAGUUGGCACUAUGCAUUGGAGCAGGUAGCGUUCUCCUGGCAUCCGCCAAACCCAGAUUUGUCCGUCGGACUGCCAGAUGGUGAAGCGUGAUUCAUCACUCCAGAGAACAUGUUUCCACUGCUCCAGAGUCCAAUGGCGGCGAGCUUUACACCACUCCAGCCGACGCUUGGCAUUGUGCAUGGUGAUCUUAGGCAUUUGUGCUGUUACUCGGCAAUGGAAACCCAUUUCAUAAAGCUCCCGACGAACAGUUCUUGUGCUGACGUUGCUUCCAGAAGCAGUUUGGAACUCGGUAGUGAGUGUUGCAACCGAGGACAGACGAUUUUUACGCGCUACGCGCUUCAGUGGUCCCGUUCUGUCAGCUUGUGUGGCCUACCACUUCGCAGCUGAGCCGUUGUUGCUCCUAGACGUUUCCACUUCACAAUAACAGCACUUACAGUUGACCGGGGGCAGCUCUAGCAGGGCAGAAAUUUGACGAACUGACUUGUUGGAAAGGUGGCAUCCUAUGACGGUGCCACGUUGAAAGUCACUGAGCUCUUCAGUAAGGCCAUUCUACUGCCAAUGUUUGUCUAUGGAGAUUGCACGGCUGUGUGCUCGAUUUUAUACACCUGUCAGCAACGGGUGUGGCUGAAAUAGCCAAAUCCAUUAAUUUGAAGGGGUGUCCACAUACUUUUGCAUAUAUAGCGUGAGUUUCCCAGAGUGUCAGCACCAUGAAAUCCCCUGUCAUUCAUCCCCUAUUCUUCAUCUGAGUGUCUAUUUAACCAGAUUACUGUAAAGCUCUUCAUGACAGCUGUUGACAACUGGGCUUUAUAAAUACAUUUAGGACAGGAAUCAUUGCGAUCCACAAUAGAUCCACGUUAUAGCGCACUUGACAUUUAAAGGUCAUUUCUAAAUGAGCCGACAUCUUUACCUUAAAUGCGAUCUCCAUGAAGGCGGUAGCAUUGCCUUUAAAAGCUGCGUUGUCCACCAUCGGAUUGAAUCCCGCCCUUUAAUAAUUGAUCUCUUUGUGAUUGGAAAGGAUUAAUAACUUGGACAUGCCUACGGCGGUGAGGUACCUGACGGAGGAGGAUGCUGACCUGCAGGUUCUGGGAGCAGCGUAUAUCCAACACGAGUGUUACAACAACAACGAUGCCAAGAACGAGGUAAUAAAGGGACUUCCUUUUGCAUCCUGCGGUCACCAGAUCUCUGGCUGCGUCCCAAAUGACACCCUAUUCGCUUUAUAGUGCACUACUUUUGACCAGAACCCUAUAAAACUAGUGCACUAUAUAGGGAAUAGGGUGCCAUUUGGGACACAAACCUCUGUCUCUCUGUUGUUUCCUUCUUGUGACGUUUUCCCACGUCUGAUGUGGAAAGGACUACUACGUGAACUGACUAACCCUCAGAUAUGCAUCCCUGUUGGUGUGGUACAGUAUGUUCCCCAGCUGAAUAUAAGGAACAUACAUUCUUUAAUGGUGGUGAGGUUGUUAGUUGCAUAAGAACUAUUGUGUGUCAACACAUUGACGUGCUCCAGCGGUGCCAGCUGCUUAUUAUGAACGCCUCAACUGUGAUUUAUGUCAUAGUUCAGCAGACGUUCAUGUGAUCUAAGUAGUUAUAAAAGAAUGCUGUCUUGUUGAAGUGACAGACAGUAGUUUGUCACAGACAGGUAUCUUGUAGGACAGCGGGUAGCUUAGUGGUUAAGAGCGUUGUACCAGUACCCGAAAAGUCGCUGGUUCUAAUCCCUUGAGCAAGGCACUUAACCCUAAUUGCUCCUGUAAGUCGCUCUGGAGAAGAGCGUCUGCUAAAUGACUAAAAUGUAAAUGUAAUGUAAUGAAACCAUGGUCCUGGAGUGCUGUAGGAAGACCAGGUGUGUUGAAUUCAGGCUGAACUGAACUGCUCAGUUGGGCAGAUGUGGUGCCUAGUUGGAACACAAUCCUGCAGCACAGGGUUGCCUACUCCUGUUGUAGGAAGUUGUUCUGCUAACUAACGAGCAGUAUUACAGACUGUUGUAGGAACUUGUUCUGCUAACUAACAAGCAGUAUUACAGACUGUUGUAGGAAGUUGUUCUGCUAACUAAUGAGCAGUAUUACAGACUGUUUUAGGAACUUGUUCUGCUAACUAACGAGCAGUAUUACAGACUGUUGUAGGAACUUGUUCUGCUAACUAACAAGCAGUAUUACAGACUGUUGUAGGAAGUUGUUCUGCUAACUAACAAGCAGUAUUACAGACUGUUGUAGGAAGUUGUUCUGCUAACUAACGAGCAGUGUUACAGACUGUUGUAGGAACUUGUUCUGCUAACUAACAAGAAGUAUUACAGACUGUUGUAGGAACUUGUUCUGCUAACUAACGAGCAGUAUUACAGACUGUUGUAGGAAGUUGUUCUGCUAACUAACGAGCAGUGUUACAGACUGUUGUAGGAACUUGUUCUGCUAACUAACAAGAAGUAUUACAGACUGUUGUAGGAACUUGUUCUGCUAACUAACGAGCAGUGUUACAGACUGUUGUAGGAACUUGUUCUGCUAACUAACGAGCAGUAUUACAGACUGUUGUAGGAAGUUGUUCUGCUAACUAACGAGCAGUGUUACAGACUGUUGUAGGAAGUUGUUCUGCUAACUAACGAGCAGUGUUACAGACUGUUGUAGGAACUUGUUCUGCUAACUAACGAGCAGUAUUACAGACUGUUGUAGGAAGUUGUUCUGCUAACUAACGAGCAGUAUUACAGACUGUUGUAGGAACUUGUUCUGCUAACUAACAAGAAGUGUUACAGACUGUUGUAGGAACUUGUUCUGCUAACUAACGAGCAGUAUUACAGACUGUUGUAGGAACUUGUUCUGCUAACUAACGAGAAGUGUUACAGAUAGUACUUCAUGUGUGCUGUUGUUGAAGGAGGAGUUUCAGCCAGUCCCAAUUCAUUCUAUACCCCUUUCCCAUGUGGUCUUCACCUCUCCAGACCCUACAGACCUGCAAAAACAUUGAAUGGUUGGGGCCAAGGCGUAGGGAGUGAAUUAGGACCAUACGUUUGAGUCUGAACCUUACAGAGUUGUCCCCGUUUCUCUCUCUCUCUCUCCCACCACUAGGCGCGGCAUUAUAAGGCCAUCCCAGAGCUGGUGAGGCUGUUCAGCAGUGAGAACCAGGAAGUGGCUCGCUACGCCACGGGGGCUGUGAGGAACCUCAUCUAUGAGAACAUGGACAACAAGAUGUCCCUCAUCGAGGAGGGAGGGAUCCCACAACUCAUUAAUGCUCUGAAGGAGAAUGAUGACGAGCUACGGAAGAACAUCACAGGUAUGACGUUUUAAAAUGGUUGUCAUUCAGCAGACUGUGUGCUGUCUGGGGGUUGAGAACAGAGCGGAAGACACAUUUACAUUGUUCGAUUGGACAAGAAAGUCAUAUUGUAUUACAUUUUAGUCAUUUAGCAGACGCUCUUAUCCAGAGCGACUUACAGUUUGUGAGUGCAUACAUUUUUCAUACUGGCCCCCUGUGGGAAUCAAACCGACAACCCUGGCGUUGCAAGCGCCAUGCUCUACCAACUGAGCUACACGGGGCCCGGAGAAACUUCCAGUUAGGACAUUCAUCUCUAAGGUAGCUUAGGUAAGACAACCAGAUUUCACAGUCAUAGUAAGUGAAACUUUCCUGAGAGACCAAGUGCUCUCUCAGAUACAGUGACAGGCCGUUGUUUGAAAAGAGAACGUGUUCUCUCUCAGUAACGUACCUGGUUAAAAAAACUUUAGGUUCAAUAACAGGUAUGAGAGCCCAAGUGUCUGUCACUCACACCAUGGCCUCUCAAUAGAGUUGACCCCAUAGAAAUAGAAUGAGUAGAACUGAAAUUCUCAUUCGAGUCAACGUUCCGUGAUGGGGUGGACUGGCGGCCGUAUUGAGUGUAGAGUUGAAUUGCUGAGAUCUGAGGGAUUUUCUCCGGUCUAGUUACUGUAGUUAUGGUCCCUGCCUCUCUGUACUACCUUAACCUUUCCAUCCACAUGUCUAGACCGGUAGCAGGCUGAGGGUUGAAACUGAAGCUAUCUAUUGGAACUCAAAGGAAACCCCUCAACACCUAGCUUUCUACAACAGAUUCUGGGGUUAAGUGAGUUCAGGCAGACCCUAUAGGGAAUGGUUUGGGCGGGGGUGAGGGAGUGGCGAGCUGAGGACCCCUUGCCCUUUAUGGGACCUGAAUAAUACACGUCCAUGAAAAGGUGGUGUCUGUUUUCGUGUGUGUGCAUGCGUGCGUGUGUGUGUGUGCAUGCGUGUGUGUGUGUGUGUGUGUGCAUGCGUGUGUGUGUGUGUGUGUGAGGAGUACAUAGUAUAAAGGAGGGAGUUGUCUCCACCUGAGGAGUACAUAGUGUUUAUGAGAGAGUUGUGUCCACCUGAGGAGUACAUAGUGUUUAUGAGAGAGUUGUGUCCACCUGAGGAGUACAUAGUGUUUAUGAGAGAGUUGUGUCCACCUGAGGAGUACAUAGUGUUUAUGAGGGAGUUGUCUCCACCUGAGGAGUACAUAGUGUUUAUGAGAGAGUUGUGUCCACCUGAGGAGUACAUAGUGUUUAUGAGAGAGUUGUGUCCACCUGAGGAGUACAUAGUGUUUAUGAGAGAGUUGUGUCCACCUGAGGAGUACAUAGUGUAUAGGAGGGAGUUGUCUCCACCUGUAGUUAUCUCUCUGUCUCUCUGCCACACCCUGUAUGACUCAGAGUCCUGUCACUCUCUCUAGUCAAGCUGUUACAACACGAUCUGUGUCUCUGCCUGUUCAUGCUGUUGGUACACAGCCAAGGGGAACUCCUGUAGAGGAGAGAGAAAGGGCAGGCUGUAGAGAGCUGUUAUGACUGCUGGGUUAGUUCCUAUGAGACUGGUCAUAGUGGCAACACACUAGACAUGUUUUUGCUUGUUGAUGUUGUCACCGAAAUACGUAUUUACCAGAUUAAAACAGAUACCAGUUGACCCGUAAACUAGAUGACCAGUUUACAACCAGAAAAGUAUGUUAUUAAGAUGCAAUUUGCCACAUUGUGCCCGCUGAGAAGCAUGCUUUCUAUUACGUUUUUGUGAACCGCCCUAUGGCCACUUUACUCAGCGAGUCUCUCUGGGUUUUCUGUCAGGUAUUCUGUGGAACCUGUCAUCCAAAGACAACCUGAAGGAGAAACUAGCCAAGGAGACGCUAGCUGAGCUCACAGAGAAGAUCCUGAUCCCACUGUCAGGCAGCAGAGACUCUGAGGUCAUCCAGCAGAGCCCCUCCGAGGUUGACAUCUUCUACAACACCACCGGGUGUCUCAGGUACAGUACACUAUAGUACAGUAUAGUACAGUAAAGGACAGUACAGUACACUAUAGUACACUAUACUAUAGUACAAUAUAGAAAAAUAUAGUACACUAUAGUACAGUAUAGUACAGUACAGUACACUAUAGUACACUAUACUAUAGUACAAUAUAGAAAAAUAUAGUACACUAUAGUACAGUAUAGUACACUAUAGUACAGUAUAGUACAGUAUAGUACACUAUACUAUAGUACAAUGUAGAAAAAUAUAGUACACUAUAGUACAGUAUAGUACAAUAUAGUACAGUAUCUAGUUCACUGCAGUAUAGUACAGUAUAGUACACUAUAGUACACUAUAGUACAGUAUAGUACAGUAUAGUACACUAUAGUACAGUAUAGUACACUAUAGUACACUAUAGUACAGUAUAGUACAGUAUAGUAUACUAUAGUACACUAUAAUACAGUAUGGUACAGUAUAGAGUUCACUGCAGAAUAGUACACUUUCUGUUCUUCUUGUUCUUCCUCUCAUUCUUCACAUAAUUUUUCGGGUAAGGACACCGUUCCAUGUCAGCUCUGAUUUAUGUUUGCCUGUCCCGUCCCUAACCUCUCCCCAGGAACCUGAGCUCAGUGAAUGAGAAGACCAGACGGCAGAUGCGGGAGACCAACGGUCUGGUGGAUGCCCUGGUAGGAUACAUCCAGGCCUCGCUACAGGACGGCAAGGGGGAGGAAAAGGUGAGGCCCGAGCAAGAUUGUAGAAUAAUAAUUUCGUUAUUGAUCGGAUAUAUAGCGCCUUUCCUGAUGCUCAAAGCACUUUGCAAUGAAAGGGGAAACUCACCUCAACCAACAAUUUCCUAUCUGGGUGACUCCACAGCAGGCAUUUUGCGCCAGAACCCUCACCACACAUCAGCUAAUCUCAUUUGAGUAUGGACCUAAUGAUUUUUCUGUGUGUGUCCAGGGAGUGGAGAAUGCAGUGUGUGUCCUGAGGAACCUCUCCUACCAACUGUACAGUGAGAUCCCGCCCUCAGCCCUGCUACGUCUGGAAGGACCAACCAGAGGCCAGGAAACCAGCAUGAGCGAAGCCAUUGGUUGCUUUACCCCUCAGAGCAAUAAAGUCAAAAAUGUAUGUAUCACACUGUCAAUCCUCUCAUUCUUCUUGUCCAUCUUCUUCUGUCAGUGUAGCAGU